AUGGAACCAGCUUUUGCAUCUACGAUUAAGUUUUUCUUCCAGUCACAUCUGAUCUCUGUCACCAUAUCGCAGAUAUCACGAAUUCUGAUUUUCUUCUAUGAUACAGGAUUGGUAAAAGAAACAGCAAUCACAUUGGAGAGAUUGUUUGCUUCACAUUAUGUCGGCGAUUAUGAGAGCACUAAGCGUCCAUGGAUUUCAUAUCUAGCAAAUGGAGGCUCGUUACUGCUUACUGCCACCUUUUUCUGUCUUUUUCAGCUUGGUUCAUACUUUAUGCUCUUCAUGACAUUGCUUGCUGCUGUAAUCUUCGUAUCGUCGUCGUUUGCUGUUGCGGUUGCCUAUCGUCGUGAUAUGGCAAAACUUCGCGACCUCUCGAAUGAAGCGUCUCAUUCGAUUGUAAAC